AUGUUUUUAAAUGGAAUCUUAUGGUUAUCAUUUGUAUGUUUAUUAACAUUAUUGGGUAAUCUUCUUGUUAUAUUAGCAGUUUAUCGUUCGAUAUCACUUCAUUCUGCAACAUAUUAUUAUGUUGCAUCAUUAGCUGUUGCUGAUCUUUGUGUUGGAGUUAUUGUUAUACCAUUAGCUAUUUUAUUUGAAUUAUUAAAUCCACCUCCAUCACGUUUAUUAUGUAAUUUAUGGCAUAUAACUGAUGUUGGAGCAUCAACAGCAUCAAUACUUGCAUUAUGUGUUAUUGCACUUGAUCGUUAUAUAGCAAUAACAUCACCUAUAACAUAUCCAACAUCAUUUAUUAGUAAACAUUCAUCAUUUGUUAUUGCUGCUAUUUGGUUUUGUUCAGCAUUUAUUGCUGGACCAUUUGUUCUUAUUCUUGGUGAAAGAAGUUCUUUAAAAACAAAUAAAUCUUUAUCUGAAGAAAUUCAAAUUGAACGAUGUGAAUUUCCAUCGGAUCCAAUAUUUAUAAUUGUAUCAUCAUCUGUCUCAUUUUAUGUUCCAUUAAUAAUAAUGGUAUUUGUUUAUGGAAGAAUAUUAAUAUCAGCACGAAAACGUGAAGCUCGUGGAGAUGAUGGAUGA